AUGUCUCAGGUUUGGCUCAUUACUGGCACUUCUUCGGGCCUCGGCUCUGAGCUUGUCAAGGAAGUGAUUGCUCGAGGUGACAAGGUGAUCGCAACCGCCCGCAAUAUCGAUUGGAUCGCCCACUUCAAAGAAAUCGGUGCUUUGACCAUGCAACUUGAUGUUACUGCUUCCCAAAUCGAACUUGACCAGAAAGCCAAAGAGGCGAUCUCACUCUACGGGAGAGUUGAUGUUCUUAUCAACAACGCUGGUUAUACCCAAUUUGGAACAGUUGAGGAGACCAAGUAA